AUGGCCUUUAUGGAGAAGCAGCAUUGGGAAGAAGCAAUUAAUGUGGAAAUGCAAUGCUCAGGUAUUACUCCCUUUGUGCCACCUCCUAAUAAGAAUCUUAAUGAUCUUACUGAAGACAACUCUGCCUACUUCUGUUUGGUUGAUGCGUCUUGGGUCUCUACUUCUCACAGAGCAGGUAUUGGAUGGUCCUUACAUAGCAAAGAAGGCAUCCAACUGCUCGUGGGAAGUGCCUCUAUACCCUCUACGCAAACAGCGCUACAGGCAGAGGCGAUGGCUUUGCUCAUGGCUGUGCAACAUCUUCAAGCUUUGGGAUACACUCAUAUCACUUUAGUAGGAGACUGCAAAGUGUUAUAUGAAAUCCUGCAACAACACAAUAGAGGCUUUCAGCGACCUGCAAUCUCUCAUGCCUCCAUUGCUACUCUCAUUCAAGAUAUUCUCGCUCUCGCAAUUCCUGUUUCUUUCUGUUUUCAAUACGCUCCGAGAUGUUUUCUGCAAGAAGCUGAUAAACUAGCAAAAACAGCUCGGCAGCAUGGUACUGAGUAUUGUAUUAAAUGGAUUCUCUGA